AUUUAUCUCAGACCAACACAUCUAAUUAUUUAUCACAGACCAACACAUAAAAUUAUUUAUCACAGACCAACACAUCAAAUUAUGUAUCACAGACCAGCUCAUCAAAUUAUUUAUCUCAGACCAACACAUCUAAUUAUUUAUCACAGACCAACACAUAAAAUUAUUUAUCACAGACCAUCACAUCAAAUUAUUUAUCACAGACCAACACAUCAAAUUAUUUAUCUCAGACCAACACAUCUAAUUAUUUAUCACAGACCAACACAU